UUUUGAAGCUCUUUUUCUUUUGUCGCCUAAUUAUCUGUUCAGUAAUAAUUUUAGUCCAGAUACUUCUAUCGUUUGUGCGGGUGAAAAAAAUUGUAAUCGGCCUAGGGUUUCUUUUCCUUUUCAGCCUUUUUUGUUGAUUGAUUGAUUGAUUAAUCGAAAAGUAAAUCGAAGGAGAUUAAUUCAAUGGCGCAAGCUGUGGAAGAGUGGUACAAGCAGAUGCCGAUCAUAACGCGUUCGUAUCUCACCGCCGCCAUAGUCACCACCAUCGGUUGCUCUCUCGAUAUAAUAUCUCCUUAUGAUUUGUACUUGAAUCCGAGGCUUGUGGUGAAGCAAUACCAAAUCUGGCGAGUCAUCACCAACUUUCUGUAUUUCCGCAAGAUGGAUCUGGACUUUUUGUUUCACAUGUUCUUUCUUGCUCGAUACUGCAAGCUUCUUGAAGAGAACUCGUUUCGCGGGAGGACUGCAGAUUUCUUCUACAUGCUGUUGUUUGGUGCGACAGUUUUAACCGGUAUAGUACUUCUUGGCGGGAUGAUUCCAUAUGUCUCAGAAUCAUUUGCAAAAAUCAUAUUCCUCAGCAAUUCUCUCACCUUUAUGAUGGUAUAUGUGUGGAGCAAGCAGAACCCUUACAUUCACAUGAGCUUUCUGGGCCUUUUCACUUUCACAGCUGCCUAUCUGCCAUGGGUCCUUCUUGGGUUCUCUGUUCUUGUUGGUGCUAGUGCUUGGGUCGAUCUUUUGGGAAUGAUAGCUGGCCACGCUUACUACUUUCUCGAAGACGUGUACCCGCGAAUGACAGGUCGUCGACCUCUCAAAACUCCAUCUUUUAUCAGGUCCUUGUUUGCUGACGAGCCAGUGGUUGCCGCUAGGCCUGCUAAUAUCAGAUUUGCUGCCCCUGAAGCUCAAUAGAAUUUGAUGAUUUGGGUUAUAUAGGAUGUCAGAACUUGAACGCGUGCAAUGUUAUGUCAGCUCUAGCAAGAAGCUGUGUUUAGAUCUUCUGUUGAUAGUGCUACUGUGUAAAGAUGCACCCCUUACAAAAUGUUGCUGGAUAUAUGUUUUUUUUUAUUCUCUCUUUUUUUUUCCUUGUAUACUGAUUCAGGCAUUUUUUGUGUGGGAAAUUNUAUGGUGAUAAU